CGGAGACGCGCGGUGUCUCCUCUGUACGUCUUUUUUUCCGUGUGUCUUGUCUCGCGGUGCGGUCCCGCGAAAUCCGCGGCCUUACGGUGCGCGUAUCUUAUACUCGUGUCGCGGCGCAAACACUAACCGUGUCACACCGGGCGGCCCUCGAAUCGCGGGCGUCUGGCUCCACCGUUGCGCGGACGACAACCGAGACGAAAACCACCCGGGUGUGUCCCACUCUCGCGCGAGAGGAGAACGACCGAGCGAACGAAGAACGACGAAACGGAGAAAAGUGCGUUCGUGCGCGUGUGUGCGUGUUUUGUGUGAGUGCGAGAGUGUAGGACGUGCUUCUCUCUACGGCGUCGCCGACGACGGCGGGCAAGAAGGAGCAGCCCGUUGCGUUCGCAAGCGCGACUGUUUGGCCGUAUACACUUCGGCAUCGUUUUUCGCGUGUGUGAGUGCGAGUCGUUGGUGGAGGAGGAGACGGGUUGGUAGCAGUGUCGGUUCUACGAAGAGCAACUGAGCGAGAAGGAUAUAGAGGGGGCAGCAGGGGGGGCGCGCGCGCGAGAGAGAGAGAGAGAGAGCGCGCAGCCCGGGCGACUCGACCGAGAGAGAGCGAACGCAACACGUAGAAAGUGCAGUGCAGACGGAGAUAGAAAGUGAGAAAGAGAUAAAAAAAAGUAUGAUACAACGCGCGGCGUAGGUGUGCGUGCUCCGCCGGGGCUUACCGGAGACACGGGCGUUGUUUGUUUGUAUACGUUUGUGCGUGUGCGCCGCGCAACAUUCGUAACGGUUGGCCGAGAGACGGAGCGAACUUCAGGUGGCGGAAGAACCGCCGGGAAAUUACCGCGAGACCUUUCCUCUCGGCGUAUCUUUCUUUUUUCUUUCCCUUUUCGUUUCGAACCGUCGCGUCCUCGGCACGCCGCCGGCCGCGGAGUGGCUUGUGUGCCCUGCGUGUUUCGUGUUUACCGGGCGUAACGGAGGAGCGGUGCGCGACAUAUACACACGCACGCACACACGGGCGAGAACGGAAGGAGUGAGGGACCGGAGCUGAGGCGCGUGCGAGAGAAGAAGAGCGCGGCGGUUGUAGGGGGGAGGUGAGAGGCGCCGACGGGAGCAGCCGGGGCGAAAAGGGAGUGAGAUAGCGACAGGUGAGGAAAACGGCGAACAAAAAAUCGGAGCACGCGGUGUAAUCGACGCGGGUUGCGCUCCGCGACUUGGCGGUCGCGCGUUCGAUCGGGGUGUGUAUCCGUCGCGGCGCGAGAACAACGAGUCCGGGACGAGUUCCUUGGCGGCGGCGGCGGCGACGGCGGCGGCGGUGGCGGCAGUGACGGCAGUGCCUCUGUCCUCUGUGUGUAUGUGUGUACGUGCGUGAGAACAGGGUCGCGAGGUGAAGCUCGCGGCGAGCAGCGACGAGCCGCAGCCGGCAGCGACGAACGGUUGGAUUAUACGCAACGAGAGAGGAGAUACCCCGGGAUCUAAUACGCUUAACACGGGAGUGAGAGGAUACACGGGAGGAAGAGCCACGGACGGGGACGUAGACCUCGCGGUGGAGAGAGAGAGAGAGAGAGGAGCGCCCCGCCGGUCAUCGUUCGGGUGUAUUGCCUGCCCUCGCCGACACGCGGCAACGAUGAGACAUUGGCGAAGAUGAAACAAUCUCCGGAGAGAAAAGGAUGAAGCUUCUUCAUUUAAAGAUCAGAUUCAGAAUGUCAAAGGAUAGCGCACCGUCAUUUCCUCAACCAAAGGCAAGGAAAUUAAGUCGCGAGUUUAAGAUCGGAAGCACGUCGAUCAGCCGAGGCGCGGUUCCGUCGGGAAAUCGAAGGGAAGAACCGCACGCUAGGCUGACUGGGAGGAUCGUUUCGGGGGACAUGGCUUAACUCACGACAAGUGGGAGACAGGUGGAGGAGCUACCAUCCUCGGGUCUCAGGAUUCCGAGAGCGCGGAUGGUCGGCGAGAUUUCCUACGACGUUGGAAGUAAUCACGAGUGGUGUCGGAUGGUGUGUUCGUGAUCUAACGGGGGGGGUUCAGUGGCUGUGAUCGUUGUGUUGUGUCGGGGAUCAGUGUGCCGUCUGUGAAGAGUGGUGAGAGGUAUAUCGGGUUACGCGUCUCAGCUACGCGAGUAAGAAUUAACGACAGGGGCAAGUGUGGUGAAGAGAAAUCAAAGUGGAUAAGGUGUACACACGAUAACACCAAGAAGUGGAAGGCGCGAGGAAGAAAGAGAAAGAGAGAGAGGGGAGAGAGAAGAGAGAUACCGCCGGGCUGGGAUAUAUCGCGAAUUACGUUGAGCGAGAGUAGAAGCGAGAGAGUGAGUGAUGUGUUCGAUGGACGAGGCGCGUCUCGCGGGCGGUGGUCGGGGUAAUGAUAACGCGUGUAGUCACGCGUGCUACCACUACUACUACUUGGUAUCCAAAGUGAGAAACGGCGGGCAGUCGGUGACCAGGCUGGCGGGCGCCGGGGAAACGUUUCCAAGGGCAUGGCGACCACGCCACUAGGCGGUCGCCUCCCUAACGUAAAUCGUAAAGGACCAUCUCCGUGCACCGGUGGUGGUGGUAUUAGUAGUAAUAAUAGUAAUAGUAACAGUGGUGGUAACGGCAGCAACAGCAACACCAGUAACGGUAACAGCGGCGGCAGCAACAACAACAACAUUAAUAAUAGUAAUAGUAACAGUGGUGGUAACGGCAGCAACAGCAACACCAGUAACGGUAACAGCAGCGGCAGCAACAACAACAACAACGGCUUAAGUAAUAACAACGCCAGCGGCGGUCAAUCGAGAAGGCAAGAGAGAGCACUGAUUGGCAGGGAACACCGCGAUCAUCGUCACCAUCACCAUCACCAUCAUCACCACCAUCAUCACCAUCAUCAUCACCAUCAGGGUCGGGACAAGUCAUCAUUGUCAUCGUCGUCGUCGUCGUCGUCGUCGUCGGGGCAGCAGCGUGAGUCUAAUAAAGCAAGCACAGUGGCUGCUAACGCCGGUGAACUGGAUCCGGCCGCGACGAAUGCGACCAAUAACUUUGAGUACGACGACAACGAAUGGGACAUUGGCAUAGGUGACCUGAUAAUCGAUCUUGAUGCGGACAUUGAGAAGACGAGGGACGAGAAAUUGAGCUCGGGGACAGGCAUGGCUUCUACGCCUGCCUCGGCAGCAUCGGCACCGAAUAACGCGAAUCAUCAUCAAUUACAAAACUCAGCGAGUGGUCUCAACUCCAACUCCUCGUCCUCGUCCGUCCCGUCGACCGGUACGAACGUCGGAAGUCAAUCGUCGUCGUCUUCGUCAUCGUCGUUGUCGUCGUCCUCCUCCUCAUCCUCAUCCUCAUCGUCCUCUUCUUGUGGCGUGAAUUCAUCGUCAACGCGUUCCAACAGUCCCGGGAGCGGCAGUAGCAGCGCGAACGGCACCGGUAGCGCGAACGGCGCCGGUAACGCAAACGGUACCGCAUCUGUAGUCACUGGUAAUAAGCAAGCGUCGGGCGUGAACGUGAGCGGCGUAAACGCCGUCCACGCUAACGCCGGCAAUCCCGGCAAGAUGGCCGUUGAACACUCGGCCACCGUCGACAAGGGCCUCAAAAUGAAGAUCAAGCGAACGAAGCCCGGCACGAAGACCAGCGAAGCCAAACACGAAAUCGUUAAGUCGAACGAGAUCAACGGUACCGUCUCCUCACAGGACUCGAAUAACGGUACCGCUGCCUCCUCGAUGUCCUCGUCCUCGGCCGUCGGCUCGACGUCCGCGUCGGCCGCGGUCGCACAGAACUCACAAAAUUCGGAAUGCGGCGCGGCCGGCGGCGGUCAAUCGUCUUCGUCGAAUAAGUCGAAGCCGAGCCAUUCGCCAGCAUCCGCUGGCGGCACCGGUGCCGCACCCUCGUCCACCGCUGGCUCGAAACGCGGCUCGAGCGGUCAUCGGCGUGACAAAGCACGGGACAAGCACGAAAAACCGCAGAGCAAUCACACCCCCCAGCAAACUAAGCCGGAGAUGAACGGUACCGCGCGACCGGCACCGCAGGGUCAAAAUUCGGCCGGUGGUGCGACGCAGUCUCAGGGCCCAACGCCGGCCGCCACGGCGCCACAACAGACCCAGGGACCACCGCCCAGUUCGAGGACAGGUUUCUCCGUGUCACAAGGCCCCGGGCCACCCGCGACCAGCGCGGCGGCACCCUGUCCGCCGCCGAGUCCGGCGAGCGCCACGGCGGCCGGCGCGGCGGCCAAACCGGAACAGACCAAGGUCGCCGCGGUACCGGGUCCACCGCUCACGACACCCGCCGAGGAAGCAAUGGACACUGCCGCUAGUCCUCCGCCUGCGAAAAAAAUUAAGACGGAACCAAAGGACAUGUCCGACGUGUGCGUUGGGACCAGCGUGGGGACCAUUACGGAACCGGAGUGUUUGGGGCCCUGCGAGCCCGGUACCUCCGUCACCCUCGAGGGCAUCGUUUGGCACGAGACCGAAGGAGGUGUAUUAGUAGUAAAUGUUACGUGGCGAGGCAAGACGUACGUCGGGACGUUGCUGGACUGUACGCGUCAUGACUGGGCGCCACCACGUUUCUGUGACUCGCCAACUAGUGAUUUAGAUGCCCGCACGCCUAAGGGUCGCGGUAAACGCGGCCGCGCCGCGGCCAACUCCACGCCCGGCAACGACUUGAGCAACUUCACGGAGACAAGGAGUUCCGUGCACAGUAAGCUACGCAACGGAGGCAAAGGUCGUCGGGGCGCACAAGGUUCACCAGCGGCUAGUCCAAGCCCAGCGGCGUUUGUGCCGCCACGACCGGAUCCGGCGGCGAAGCGGAAGUCGCGUGGACCCGAGGAGGAGCAGGAAAAGAACAAGCGACGGGCGCCGCCACCGACGCCACCCAGCGGUUCACCACCUGCUAGUCCAGUAUUGCUCGAAUGUCCCGAGCCCAACUGUAGUAAAAAGUACAAACACAUUAAUGGACUGAAAUACCAUCAGAGCCACGCGCACGGCUCCGCCGACGAUGAUGACACCAAAGAAGGUAUCACCAGUAUGUCGGAAAAUGAUGAGAGCAACAUCGAAGCACCAAGCCCUGCCACGCCAGUGAAGUCGCCGGCGGACAAACCCGAAGGCACGCCGGUGAGAGCAGCGAGUCCACCAGCAGCGGGACUGCCACCGGAAACGCCGCCACCACCCCCGCGAGUCCCAUCGCCCAGCAUAGAACCGCCUACGCCUGUGCUCGCGGACAAGAGCAUUGUCAAACCGGGCGUACUCAGGUUCGGCCAGGACGAUCUUCCGGCGCCCACUUCUACGGCGCCAUCGAGACAGCAGCAGCAAUCCGUGCAGCAGCAACAGCAACAACAACAGCAGCAGCAACAGAAUCAAUCGUCUUUAGGGUCGUCGAAUCCGCCCCAAAGUCCCAGUCCCCAUCCCAGUCAAUCCCCCAGGCCUGUGCCUUCGCCCCAUCCAAGUACGAAUAUCCCCCAGCCCCUCAAUAUACCGCAACCACCGCAACCGUCUCAGAUGCAACAAUCGCAUCAAUCGCAGAAUCCUCUUCUGCAACAACCACAGCCGUCAUUGCAGCAAGUUGGCCAACCGCCACAACAGCAGUUACAGCCUGGCGUCAGCAGUCAGCAGCAGCAACAGCAGCAACUGCAGUCAUCGGUUCAACAACAGCUGCCACCAGCGCAUCAAUUGCAAUCGGUGCAGCAUCCUUUGUCAGCUCAAUUGGGUCAGCCUGCGCAAGCCCAUGUGGUGCAGCCGUCUGGAUUACAGCAACAAGCCAGCCUACAAAGCAUAGCCAGUCAGCACGCGGGUUUGCAGAAUCUUGCAAGCCAAGUGUCGCAGCAGGCAGCGGGUUUACAGACGGCACCGCCACCGCCAGGUCAUCCAGGUCAGGUCGUGCAAUCGCACUUGCAACAGUAUCCAACUGCGGUAUCGCUGCACGCUGCUGCGGCGAAGAUGCCACAGUUCAAGGUGAAACCCACUGCUGCGUUGAUGCCAGAGCAGGACAAAAGCAAGACGAGCGCAGAUGCACGCGCUCCCAAACCGCAGGGAUACAAGAAAAAAUCGCGAAAAUCACCUGGUGGCAGUCCGCACCCAUCGCCUCUUGAGGCACCAAUCGUCGAUUCGGCGCGCGAUGAUGUACAAAGCCCGGCCUACUCGGAUAUAUCUGAUGACGCAGCGCCAGUGCUCGAGGCUGAACCGGUGGACAAAUCUAAACAGAGUCAGGAAAAAGACAACAAGGCCACGGUGCCAGCGCAUCUGCCUGCGCAUUUCAGUAUGUAUCAGUACUAUGGUCAGCCGCCUUAUCUGGUGUCCAACGUUUCGGACAGCAAACCGGUGGUAGAUCAGAAGCCGAGCGAUCUUACGCCCAAACAGGAGAUAAAACCGCUCAACAUACCGCAGAUGCCUUCGAUGGCGAGCUUGCAGAGCGUCGUAUCGGAAAAAGAGAAGAAAGAGCUGAGCCAACCUGUACCGCAGCCGCAACAGCAGCCGCACUAUUACGGCGGUUACGGUGGUUAUAUGCCGCCAGGCUACGCCUACCAGCCACCGCAGCCGGUUUCACAACAGCAGCAACAGAGUAGUCAGCAAUCGCAGGAUCCGGAAUCGUAUGAACAAAAAGCUAAGAUCAAGCAGGAGCCACAGCCACAACCGAGUCUAAAAGACAAACAGCACGAAAAUCAUCAGAUACUCAAGGAGAGUAUCGAAAUGAAGAGUCAGAUGAGUCCGUACCACGUCUAUCACAGUUCGCAGAGUCAACGAGCGGCACCGCCGCCGCCUCCUCCGGGACCUGUUCAAGACGACAGGAGGUAUUAUCUGUAUCCGAGUGAACAGAGGAGAAAAGAAGAAUCAAGCAAACAGAGUCAACAAGCAAAGGUGCCACCGCCUAGUCCAAAGCAUCAGCCGAAGCAGGAAAAACCACAGGAUCUCGGAAAGAGUGAAGAUUCAAAGAGCAAGCAAGAGGGCGUAAAGCCGACGAUGGAGACUCAGGGACCGCCGCCGCCGCCUACCUCGCAGUACGCUUAUAUUCAUCCCAGUUAUAUGCAGCCACAACAUUAUGGUGCGCUGCCAUUCGAUCCAGGUCAUCCAGUCUACCGCGGCCUCAGCCCCAUGCUGGUGCCCGGUCCAUAUUCGAGUAAUCCCUAUCUUCACCAGCUGCCUAGGUAUCAUGCGCCGGAGGACCUUAGUCGGCCACCCGGCGGAAAAGCAUUGGACUUGCUCCAACACCACGCUAAUCAGUAUUACUCGGCGCACAAGAUUCAUGAGCUUCAGGAGCGCGCGCUUAAAUCACCGACGCCCAAAACUUCCGCAGCGUCUGCCAGCCCAUCUUCAGCGGGUCCGACUCCUGCCCGACCCCCUAGCGGUCCACCUACGUCAGUUGCAGGCCCGGGUCCACCGCCGGGCCAAGGUCAGCAGCCGUCUGGAAAACAGCAAGGUCAACCGGGUAGUCAGCAGCAGCAACAAGGUGCGGUGGAUGCUAGCGGUGGUAGUCUCGGCAAGGAUAACAGAUCGCCGCCUCCACAGCGACACGUGCACACGCAUCAUCACACUCAUGUGGGCCUCGGGUAUCCCCUGUUGACGGGACAGUAUCCCGCUCCCUACGGAGCCGCAGUGCUGGCGAGUCAGCAGGCCGCCGCGGUAGCCGCCUCGGUGAUCUCGCCAUUCCCGCCCAAGUGACCCGCGGCCCCCGCCCCCGUUCUGUCCGGCGGAACCGCCGGGGGCAACUCUGCCGCACAGGCCCACCACACACAUUCGGCGGCGGCGAGCGGUGCGCCCGGUGCGGGACACCCGCACGGUACCGUCGCCGGUGGCGGCAGGCAACCAUAGGAAUCAUGGACACGAGCGAGCGAGCGGUGUAGCCGAUACUGAGCAGGAUGCCGCGUGUAUUUUCUAUACUACGUUAUACGGCUGGAUUAGGACCAACGAAUAACCAGUAAAGAACGGCUGACGGUGGCCGGAUUAGAACCAAAGUGUAGCCGGUAAAGAGGCCGGGAUGUUCUUUAUUUAUUCUGUGCCGCCCGUUCUCUCGAUGUCGCUUGAAGUUGGGAU